CUCACCUAACGCUGGCCACCUGGACCAGCCUGGUCCUGAGCACGGAGCUGGGGCAGAUCGGCUGCAUCCUGCCCACAUAAAGGAGCACUUUCCUGCUCACAGGUGCUGCCGGGUCAGGUUUGUGCUGGGGUGGGAUCUCAGGUGCCGUGACCUCGACCAGAUGGAUGGAGAGCUUGUGCGCAGAGCUGGGGGUGGGAGGCGGGGGACCCUGCGAGCUGCCGGUGCUCAGGACAUGUCCCUGUCCCCCGGGAGCCAGGCACCAAGUGCUCCCCUGCUUCAAGCCGUGUCCUUAGCCCUCAUUACGAGGAGGCUGCAGCUGCACUGGCCUGGGAAAGCCCCGCGGCCGCGCGGCGUGCUUGCAGCGGAAGUCGCAGCGCUCUGGCUUCGGCUGGCUUUAAAGCCCCAAUCUGGUGAGAGCCGCGCAAACCCUUCCACGGAGACCCUCCCAUCGACCGAGAGCCAGGUGGUCGUAACUUUGGAAACCGCAGGAGACGUCGCCAGGUCCGCGGUGCGUAGCGGGACCGGCGAUACCCACCUCACCGCUGACACGGAUGGAUGGCAACGGGAAGCAGUGUGGAAGGGGAAGAGCCCUGGAUGGAGAAGAGCAAUCCGAAAAUUGGUGCAGAACAGCUCCUGGAGCCCCACUGGGGUUUCCCGGAGUUUCUCGCAGCAGGAAGCACAUCUCGAGCCAGCCAAACCAGCUCUAUUUUUUUUUUUUUUUUUUCCCAGGAAAAAUCUGCUGACCCAGAGCCUGGGUUUUCCAGUUCCUCCCGACCAACGUACUGAGUCGGAGAUCUGGGAGUGCUGCCUAGGAUGGGGGAAACCACAGGAUGGCCCCUGCAAACUGGGGCCGUCGUCCUCCAUCCGUACCCCAACCAUGUUGGGGCUGGGGGUGGCAGGUGGGGGAUGGUGCAGAGAUGUGAGGUUUGGGGUUCCUGGGGUUUCUUGGGCUUGUUGCCCACCCAGGAAAAACCAUGCAGAUCCCCCCCCAGCAGAGGAGCAGGGCUACCACCAUUUAGCAGAAGACUCAAGCUCUCUUCUUCCCCCCAACAGCAGACUGGGAACUGCUCCCCAUGGUCGGGAGCUAAAUGUGAGGAUUUAAAGCCCAUCAGGUUCCCGGGCUCACAGGGAGCACUCCUGAUCACACCAUUUUUUUGAUUAGGUGAUGGAUUUUUCUGCAUUAAUCCCUAACUCCCCCAGGGUCACCCACAGGAGAGGUGCCAUGGGGAGGAGGGAUGGGUUGGGCAGCGCCACGCUGGCUGCUGACAACAGCCAUCGGGACCAUGGCAUGUAGAACCACAGAUGCACUUGCAGGUUUCAUCCCAGCCCUCACCAUGCUGUGUAAUUCACCACCACGGCAGGGACACGCUGGGGACAGUCCCACAGUCCUGCUGCCACUGCUGCACCGAGCAUCUGCGGAGGGGAAAACUUCCCAGCACAACACCCGCAGCCUCUCAAGUAAAUAGUCUUUAAUGUUUCACUCAAGGGUUGUAGCCUUAAUACGUAAAAUCUGUUUAGCUUUUUUAAUUCCUGGAUCAUGCUGUGGAAAGUCCUCCCCAGCUCGCCUCCUGGCUUUCCUCCCCCAGCUCCCCCAGUCCCUGCCCCGCGAGGGGCCGCGGCACCAGCUGGGAGCGGGUGGAGGUGCCCUGAAGGGGGGGGGCAGCAAGGCCACGGCCACGCACGGGACCACGAGUGGGUUGCCCAGAGGUCCCACAAAGUGGGCUUUGAAGCUAAAUAUUGCUUUUUUAAAAAUAUUUUUUUUUAAUUUUAUUUAUUUUUUUUUUUUUUAAGAGAGAAGGAGGAAGAGAAGAGCUUUAUAACAAAUCCCAAAGCAAUACCCAUGGAUCUUUCUGCUCUAUCAGGAUUUUUUUCACUGCAAACACCGGUGGUUAGAGGCAGCCCAGCUGCCCAGGUGCUCAUCAGCCCCUCAGCUGUGUCCCCCCCACCCAGCCC